AUGACGAACCCCAUCGCCCACUCCCUGUCGCGCAUUUUCAGGAGCAAGGAUUUGGUGACAUUAAAUGUGUUGGUGGCUCUGGGCACCACGGGGGGCCAGCAGCUCUUCUCCUUGUUGGCCUUCCAGUGCCCGUGCUCACCAGUUCGGAACUUCCGGUAUGGGUUAACGGCCACCUUGGGGCCCGCCUUGUUGCUCUUCUUCAUCAGCAUCAUCCUCAACAACCAAACCAGGAACCUGGUGGACGGGUGCCGGUGCUUCAGGACCAAGAAAUGCCCAGGCAUCCUAUAUUCGAUCGUGAGCCGCGCAGCCGUGGCCCCCCUCACCUGGUUGGUCAUCUCCCUGCUGCGCGGGGACGCCUACGUCUGUGCAUUCAGCGAGUUUGUGGACCCAUCCUCGCUCACGGCUGAGAAUGAGAGCUUCCCUCUCUCCCACACCACGCAGAUCCUGGCCAUGUUCCCUUGCCGGGAGAGCCCUGACAAGCUGUCUGGGUUCCGGGAGGAGGUGAGCCGCAGGCUCAAAUUUGAGUCUCAGCCCCUGCCUGACACCAUGGCUAACCCCAUCAUCCGCUUCCUGUCGCUCUUCUUCAAGAGCAAGGAUGUGAUGAUCUUUAAUGGGCUGGUGGCCCUGGGCACCGUGGGCAGCCAGGAGCUCUUCUCCGUGCUGGCCUUCCACUGCCCCUGUGCACCGGCCCGGAACUACCUGUAUGGGCUGACGGCCAUCGGGGUGCCCGCCUUGGUGCUCUUCCUCAUCAGCGUCAUCCUCAACAACCAAACCCAGGACCUGGUGACCGAGUGCCAAUACCACAGGGCCAAGAACUGCUCAGCCGCCCCCACCUUCCUGCUCCUGAGCUCCAUCGUGGGCCGAGCUGCCUUGGCCCCCGUCACCUGGUCGGUCAUCUCCCUGCUGCGCGGGGAGGCCUACGUCUGCGCAUUCAGCGAGUUUGUGGACCCGUCCUUGCUCAUGGCUGGGAAUGAGAGCUUCCCUCUCUCCCAUGCCAAGCAGAUCCUGGCCAGGUUUCCUUGCGGGGAGAGCCCUGCCAAUCUGUCGGGCUUCCAGGAGGAGGUGAGCCGCAGGCUCAGGUAUGAGUCUCAGCUCUUCGGGUGGCUGCUCAUCGGCUCGGUGGCCGUCCUGGUGUUCCUGACCAAGUGCCUCAAGCACUACUGCUUGCCGCUCAGCUACCGCCAGGAGGCCUACUGGGCCCGCUACCGCGCCAACGAGGACCAGCUCUUCCAGCACACGGCCGAGGCGCACUCACGCGUGCUGGCGGCCAGCAACGUGCAGAUCUUCUUCGGCUUCGUGGCGCUCAACAAGGAGGACGAGGAGCUGGUGGCCAAGUUCCCCGUCCAGGGCACACAGCCGCGGCCACAGUGGAACGCCAUCACCGGCGUCUACCUGUACCGGGAGAACCUGGGCCUCCCCCUCUACAGCCGCCUGCACAAGUGGGCCCAGGGUCUGAGUGGGAAAGGUGCGGCCCCCGACAUGGAGAUGGCCCUGCUGGCCCCCUGA